AAGUCACGUGACUCCUCUAGGAAGUAUCUCUUGACACAAAUAUCGAACGAUGCAAUCAUUCAUCGAACUCGGCUGUGUAGGUAACAGGAGCUGUUCUGUGCUGUGCCAGAGAAUGUUGAAGGUUGUGUGGGCAGCCCUGCUGCUCAUGGCGAAUGUGUGUGUACAGAGAGUCCAAGCCAAUGAGAGCCAGGAGGCCAAGGGAGCACCGAAGCUGGGCCAUGUGUCAGUGGUCAUCGUCGGAGCCACGGGUGACCUGGCUAAGAAGUACCUGUGGCAGGGCUUCUUCCACCUGUAUGCCAACCAGGUGAGUAGUGGCUACACCUUCUCCUUUUAUGGCGGGGGCCUGUCGCCGAAGGACAAGGCUGCGCCAAUCCUGUUUGAGGCACUAAAGAGAGUGAGCUGUCCCCGGGAUCUGUCGGAGGAGCGCUGUGCCCUGGUUAAAGAGCAGUUCCUGAAGCUGGCCGAGUAUCGGCAGCUGAAGACCGUAGAGGACUACCAGGCCCUGGGCAAGCACCUGUCCGAGCACCCCAAAGGGGAGGGCAUCGCGGAGGCAGGCCGGCUAUUCUACCUUUCGGUGCCGGCCUUUGCUUAUGCAGAUGUCGCUGAGAAGAUCAACGCCAGCUGCAGGCCGGCUGAAGGGGUGUGGUUGAGGGUGGUGCUGGAGAAGCCGUUUGGCCAUGAUUUCAGUAGUGCCCAGCUACUGUCUGCUCAGCUGGCAUCCUCCCUCAGGGAUGAGGAGAUGUACAGGAUCGACCACUAUUUAGGCAAGCAGGUUGUUUCUAAGAUUUUGCCAUUCAGAAGGGAGAACAGCAAGCAUCUGGAUCCUAUCUGGAACAAGCAUCACAUUGAGAGAGUAGAGAUUGUACUGAAGGAGACCCUGGAUGCAAAAGGCCGCAUUCCCUUCUAUGACCAGUAUGGUGUGAUCAGAGACGUGAUUCAGAACCACCUGACCGAGGUCCUGACCCUGCUGACCAUGGGGCUCCCAGCCAACCUUAGCGAUGCUAAGGAGGUUCUCAAGAACAAGCUGAAGAUCUUCAGUGCCUUGGAGCACCUGGAGAGUCACUGCGCUGUCAUCGGACAGUACAAGUCCUACAAUGAAGAGGUAGAGCAAGAACUGAACAAGACAAAGGGUCACUACAGUCUCACUCCCACCUUCGCUGGUAUCAUGGUGUAUAUUAACAUGGCCCAGUACGAGGGGAUGCCAAUCAUCCUGACCUCGGGGAAGAUGCUGGAUGAGCGUUUGGGCUAUGCUCGCAUUUUGUUCAAGAAUGACAUCUUCUGUGUCCAGAAACACGACAGCGUCCACUGCAAGCCCAAGCAGAUCAUCUUCUACUUCGGCCACGGCGCCCUGCAGUACCCAGCCAUUCUUGUGAGUAAGAACCUGUUCAAGCCGGACCUGAUGGACACAGAGUGGAAAGAAGUGACAGAACAAAAAGACAUUAACGUUUUAGGGAUGCCGAUCUCCAACUACUACAUCCUGACACCAAUGGUGCAGAGGGAGGCUUACGCGGAGCUCAUUUCGCAAAUCUUCCAGGGCCGGAAGGACAGCUUCAUCAGUGCCGAGAACUUGCUGGCCUCUUGGGGUUUCUGGACACCUCUCCUGCACAGCCUGGCCAAAGCGCCCCCCCGGAUCUACCCUGGCGGUGUGGAAAACGGCAACAUGCUGGACUUUAAACUGUUGGGACGAAAGGUGACAUUCGCUAACGACGCGUUGGUCUUCAUCAACCAGGAUUUCACGGGCGGGUCUGGGGGGCAGAGCUUCCAGGUGAUGCAGGGUAAGUACCGCAACAACGACAUGGUAUCCGCCUGGUCCGAGGAGCUCAUCGUCAGGCUGGCCGACGACCUGCAAGCCGCGGCGGAGAAAGCGGUAAGGGAAAGUGGUCGCUUCCACCUGGCCCUGUCUGGGGGCUCCAGCCCCUUAGCUCUUUUCCAGCGGCUGGCGCAACACCAGUACACUUUCCCCUGGAGGGACACCCACGUGUGGAUGGUGGACGAGCGAUGCGUGCCUCUCACGGAGCUGGACUCCAAUUUCCGCACCGUGCAUGACCACCUGCUCCAGCACGUGAAGAUGCCCUACUUCAACAUCCACCCCAUGCCGGUGCAGAUGAACCAGCGGUUGUGUGUGGAGGAGGACGGUGGGGCGCUGCUCUACGAGCGAGAGAUCAGCCAGCUGGUGAACGGCUCCAGGUUCCACUUUGUCCUGCUGGGAGUUGGCCACGAUGGGCACACCGCCUCCCUGUUCCCGGGCAGCAAGCUGGAAGCCCACGGGAACAGUUUGGUAGCCCUCACCGAGAGUCCGGCCAAGCCUCACCAGCGCAUGAGCCUCACCCUCAGGGCUAUCAACCGGGCCCAGAAAGUUGCCAUCCUGACGAUGGGCAAGAGCAAACAUGAGCUGAUCACCCAACUUAGCCGAGUCAAGGACAAACCAAACAGCUGGCCCGUCACCGGGAUCCAUCCGACCAGCGGCACUCUAGUCUGGUAUAUAGACUACGAUGCUCUUUUAGGAUAGGGAGGGACUGCUUUUAGGUCUACGCUACUGCAGCAAAGAAGUUAUUUAGUAUUUUUACAUGGAAAUAAAAUGAUUUGCUGCAAUUUUA